UUUGUGUUGAUUUUGUAUGGUGACUGUCAAUCUAACAUACAACCCUUCAAUCCCAUUGUAUUGUGAAAAUGGCUGGUAGCGAAUGGCGCGCUUUGCCGUCCAGCAAGCGUCUUCGCCUGGACAUUGACCUGCGUGCCGACGACCACGACCACGACCAUGACAAUGGCAAUGACAAUGCGGAUGAUGACGAGUUGGACUUCCAGCAGCCUCGCAAGCAGCCGCGGUUGACUUUGCCGGCAGCGAGUCGGAGAGCAGUGUCUCUGCCCUUGUUGCAAGCACAGGCACGCCAGCACCACCACCACACCUCGACCAACGCUCGAGAUCAGGCUGCCGUCCGACGUUCCGAGUCGUGUAUUACAGCGUCUACAAGUGUGCCGACUGUUCAGUCUCAUCCAAGCAUCCAGGCAGGCGGACGCGCGUUGGCGAACAAGAAUCGCGGUGAGCCGCAUCGCUGCCCGAUUUGCCAGUACCCGUUUCCCGACACUCACAAUCAGCAGGAAGUCGCUCAGCGCCAUGUUCAAGGAUGCAUGGAUCUUCCAAUGCCAUCGACAGCUUGCCGGUACGGGGUUGAAUGCCGGCAUCGGCAUCCACGGCAUUUUCAUGAAUUCAGUCACCAUCCACUAGCGGAAGCACAGAGUUUACGCGCCUGUCCGGGUUUGGAGCGGAUUGCUACACUUCCCGCUGCAGCCAGCAGCCGCUUGGCAUUGCACCGCGACGCCACCAGCGUUUUGGCGCCCAAUGUGCUGGCAAUCAACUCGAACAAUGCUUCCGAUAGCGUGGUACUCGAUGCGGAGGAGGGUUUCGAUUCGACCGGAAGAAUCGACAGCAGUGCAAACUCCUCGACGGCAGAUGUCGACAAUUCUGCCAUCGCGUGGAUCCAGCACAUGACGGAUUACGGCGACGAGAUUUUGAUUGCAUCCCAAGACCAGUCACUCGCCGAGAGCGAGGGUGGUGUUGCCAAUCCGGCGACUGCGUUGUCCAAUUUUGAGUUUAGCCCGAUCACCUCGCAUGACGAUACCGACGAGACCGAGUCCAACGACGCCUUGGCUGUGGCUGUUUCAUCUCUACCUCCUUCAGUUUCGGACGACUCACGGCAGGAUGCGAAUGACAAUUUCAGUGAUGAGGAGUUUGACCAAUCCUGGGGAGCAUCCCUUGAAGAAGAGCGCAUGUUUAUCGUCGCGUGCGAUUCCGCAGAGGCUCGAGAGCGUUUGCUAGAAUGUGUUGUCGGUGAAGAUGUCACGUUUACAUCUUCAAUUUCUCGCAUCAGUGACCGUUCUGACUUUUCAGGCUCUCCAUCGGCGUCUUUGGCCUGCGCUGUGCGCUCACUCGAUGCUCAGGAGCACCCUGCCACGCCGCGCCGUCCUCAUGAACAAUCACCCACCCCUUUUCAUCAUAGCUCUACCUUAUCCUCGCCAAAGGCAAGCCCUGCGUCCUCGUCUCGCCUGCUCUUGCAGCAGGGCAUCAACGCCUUCUUUCAACCGCUUCGCUCUCUUUCCAGCCGUGUCGCGUCGGCCGUUACACCGGCACUACGCACUACUGUUUCGUCUUUUACCCCAAAGUCGAGUCCUGCUUUCUCGCCCUCUCCGGCACGAGCUUCCACCAUGCCCGUCGCCGCGACCUCUGCCUCCUCCUCCUCCUCCACCAACUCAUCCUUCUCCUCCUCCUCCUCCUCCUCCUCCGCUUUGGCGGCACCAUCGUUACGACCGCGGUUCUCUGCUGCCGGAGCAAGCAAAGCGGUACGACCCUGCCCUUUCUACAAGCGGAUGCCCGAUACCACGUUUGUCGUGGAUGCGUUUCGGUUUGGUCGCAUCGCGGGAUGCACUGGCUACUUUUUGACGCACUUCCACAGCGACCACUAUGGCGGUUUGUCGAAAGGUUGGCGCCAUGGACCGAUCUAUUGCAGCGAGGCGACCGCGAAUCUGGCAGUCCAUGUCCUCGGCGUCGCAGACGACAUGCUGCACCGCCUUCCAAUGGACCGCGAAGUCACGGUCGAUGGCGUUGGCGUGACGUUGAUUGACGCGAAUCAUUGUCCGGGCUCCUGUCUGAUCAAAUUUGUGUUGCCGGACGGGCGAGUCUACUUGCACACUGGUGAUUUCCGCGCGGAUCCAGCCAUGCUCGCGCAUCAAGCGUUGGCACAAUGUCGCUUUGCCAUGCUAUAUCUUGACACAACCUAUUGCGACCCUCGAUACACCUUCCCAUCACAGCAAGAGGUCGUCAGCUUUUGCGCGCGCAUCAGUCGAGCCAUGGUGGUUCGGAACAGCCGUCUUUUGGUUGUCGUCGGCACGUACCAAAUCGGGAAGGAAAAGGUCUUUCAAAGCAUUGCCAAAGCGCUCGGCGUGAAGGCUGCUGUUGAUCCGCACAAGCUCCGCAUCUUGCAGUGUCUCAACAACAAGGAGCUGAGCGAUAUUCUCACGCUGGACAAGAAUUCGACUCGGCUUCACAUCCUCCCGCUCUUUUCCUUGUCUGCAAAGAGCCUGCAGGCCUACCUCUCCAACUUUCGUCCGCACUACAAUGCAGUGCUGGCAUUCCGGCCCACUGGCUGGACAUUUUCGUCCAAGCUCGUUUCUGUCGCCGACAUCCAACCACAAAUCACUGGUAACAUUUGCAUGUACGGCGUCCCGUACAGCGAGCACUCGAGUUUUUCCGAGCUUGGCGAGUUUGUCGCGGCGCUCAAGGCGACCAAAGUCAUUCCGACCGUGAACAUUGGCUCGGCAGAAUCGCGAGCCAGAAUGGAAAACCAUAUCCGGAGCUGGAUGAAUCGGCCUUCGCGAUGGUCGAGCAACACUACAGCUGUGUAAAAAAGAAUUGAGUUGUGUAUUCUUGUU